AUUAACUCUGAUAAGUAAGCAGUUCAGUUCGACGAGAUUUAAAUCCGAUGUACAGGAAUAGAAAGAGUCCUGUUCUACAACUGCAUGGGAAGAUGUUGUUCUUGAUGUUCUACAACUUCGGUGAACUGUGAGGCAUGAGAAGUCGGUGCAUCGAGAGGCCUGUUUGCUGUCGAAGACGAUGAGAGAGCUCCACAAGGCGCCGGUUAUGCUUGUCAAUCUACAACAACGCCUGAUAGUACCUGAGUCUGUCUGAGGCAAAUUAAUAAAUUGGCACUCUGUCGUUUUUUUGUGCGCUAAAGAACGAGUCUGCUGAUAUGAAGAGCGACGUGAGUGUCCGUUUUUUUCAAAAAAAAACAUCAAUCGGUCAUCAACAUCUAAAAAAUCUAAAUCUCCAGAAAUGUGUGUUGUUUUUUCUUUUUUUGCGCAAACGACGACUCUUCUUUGUUUUGGAAUGAUAUCCCAAGUAACUUAUGGUGAACGGAGCUUGCAUUGAUUCCCGCCAGUUCGGCGGCCAGUCUUAAUAGUGUACUAGCUUCUGUUUUAGUACUUCAUCAUCUACUUCUACUUCAUCUGAUGUAGUGUAGAUCAUGUAGUUUGUGAUUCACAAGUGGUUGUAAGGCUAAUCUAUCGCUAUCAUCACACCAGACCACGACAUCAUAUCAUAUUCCCAAAAUUCCAAAUUAAAACGCAGACUCUAGGAAUCGGCUCUUAGACUCUUCAGAGUCGCCAACGGCCCUUAUAAAGCUUCGCAAAAGCUAGACCUAAUCUCUAAAUCUGAAAUAAGUAGAAAACAACAUAUUAUUUAGAAGUAAAAAUCGUAAUAAAAGGAGGAUAGAGAGGAUAAUUAACGAUAAAGAAUAGAGCAAAUUAACGAUCAUAACGAUACAACUAGAGGGAAUAGUUAGUACUAAGUAAGUCGCCAAAAAGAAAAGCUAGAUAGCAUUAUAGCUAGUGCAUCUUCUACAUCUAGACCAAAAAAAUACACACGACGACCUCGUCAUCGUCUCCGUAUCUGGUCUUCUUGCCACGAGCAGAAGCAACAUCUUCUACAUCUAGACCAAAAAAAAAUACGAUGUUGGACGCUCGCGAAGAGGUGAUCAUCAGCGGUCUGCUGAAAGCUGCCGCGGAUGGCGAAGCUGAAAUCGAUUUCAUCCGUGCUCGUAUGUGCGAGGACCCAGACUUCGAACCUUACUUAUGGCUUCGCAAAAGCUAGACGUAAUCUCUAAAUCUAAAAUAAGAAAACAACCUAUUAUUUAGAAGUAAAAAUAAAAAUUCAUAAUUCAUCUCCUCCAGAGUCAUCUGGAAGUAGAGAAAGAAGACAUCACGAACACGAGGAAAAUCAUGGCACCUCCACCCAGAUGAUCUUCAUCCCCGAGUAGAAGAUGAAUCUUCCCCUACAAGUACACCUCUAACUUACACUGCAUUCAAGGCCAUGCAGAUGCGUCCGAUGACCUCUGGAGUCUUAACCCCGAAGGACAUCAUCAUCUGGCUCAACCGUCAGUAUUACAAGACGUCGAUGCUGCGCGAAUCCGACGUGGCGAAAGUGAUCGACCACUAUUCGAUGGGAGAAGGAGUUAUGCGGUAAGAAGUUGAUCUGUGGUUACUGCCACAUUUGGAGUUAUGCGGUAAGAAUUUGAUCUGUAGUUACUGCCACAUUUAGAUUUAGAAUGUCGAUGUCCUAAAAAGAAGGUGAAAACUGGCACUAUGUAAAUGUACGUCUAGUUUUUCGUUCCUCAUAUCAGUAUCACUGCAAAACUCCUACAACUACAGGUACGAGCACUUCCUGAAGCUGGUCCUCCCUCGUGAGGACAAGCGUGUUCGCUCCCUGGUCAUGUGUCGUCGCGGUUCCUCUAUGUUGGAGCGCGAAAUGGGUCGCGACGGUGGCUACCACUUCGUGCGCCUGUUGGAGCAGGAAACUGCUUUGUAUGACGAGCUAACCCUCCGUCGCAAGCGCCUCCUCGAGUACGAAUGGCGUGAGGACCGUAACAACAUUGCUCAGCGUGGGUUCGCGUGGUUGCAAUCGAUGUCGACGGCACCGGGAGUGACACACGUGUCGGUCUUGGGUGUCUGCAGACUGCUGUGUGAUGUGAAGGAAAUUUUGACGAUCGGACAAGUGGAACAGCUGUUCCAUAGGGUCAAUUUGAGUGGUACUCGUCCUCUGCUUAGUUCUUUUAUGCUAUUCAUCGCUUUCCUUUGACUUUGAUACUGGUAGUUGUAAUCUUAGAACAAGAUGAUGGUAUCUACAGUACAACCAAGAUUUCUAAAUAUCUAAACCAGUACAACUAUAUCAAGUCAACCACGACAAUGAUCUUUAUCAUCCUCAUAUCUAAAUAAUCCUAGACAUCAAACAGAUAAUCUACUUAUCAAAUCUUGUUAGAGUCUAUCUUUAGUCCCACCCUCUGCCCAUUGUCUAAAACAACAACAUUUACUCCCACAACCACCACCAGGCACCGACAUGCUAUCCUACGCUGAGUUCGAGAAGUUCCUACAUUUACUCCCAUUUCCACCACCACCAGGCACCGACAUGCUAUCCUACGCUGAGUUCGAGAAGUUCCUGUCCUCCAAGGAGGCGGACGCUUACCUCAACGAGUUGUACAUCCGCAAUUUUUCGACGAUGUGCCCUGGCUGUGGCUCCAUGUGCCAGCGUGAUGGAGGCGCCUGCCCCAACAUCACCUGCCCAUUCUGCCGGACGACCUUCAAAUGCCACACCAACUCCGAGGAAGCGGAUCGAUUGAGUCCGAGAGGUACCGAUUGAUAACAUUGAUGUGGGUGCUUUUGGUCUGUACAACCUGUUGCGCUUUCGUUUUUGAUUGUGUGCAUCAAUUUAUAGCUGGUCGUAGCAGUUGUUGUUGUUAGAAUGCUUGUUCUAAUUCGAUUCGAAAAUAUGUUACAUUCAUCACUCUCCCUCAUCAAUAUGGAUAUUCUCUCCCUCCAAAACCAGGUUUCAAAUCCGUCACUGGCUUCGCUGCUCCAAGUCGUCCGAUGAGCGCUCGCCAGAGUCCAACCAUGACGUCCCGUUCCAUGGCACCACAGUCUCCGCGUGCUUCUCUCUCUCCACGCACACCAGGCCAGACGAUGAAGAACAACCGCAGCAUGAUGUCCACCACUGUUGGCAACGACUCUUCCUUCAACGGCAACGAUUCAUCCUUCAUGUCGUCUCCCCGCAUGACGAAUCUCGCUGGUGGCUAUUCCUCCGUCCUCGACGAGGAGCGAAGCAUGAGCCGAGUCAUGUCUCCACGCAUGUCCAAGACCACGACUUUUGUGGAUAUUAACGUGGACAACAUGGGCUUCAAGGAAAGCGAACUGUUGACCCAUCGUCGCCAGAAGCACCACUUGACCAAGGUCGCGGACACUCUGUGCAAGAUGAUGGAUACCGACGUGAUGCUAGAAUCCGAGAAGGAGCAGAUCUGGCAAGCAGGCGUGAACCUGGAAGCAGCGUUCAAGUGGUUUGACCGAUAUGGAAAGGGGUAAUACAAGUUGCUUUUGUUUCCUUUGCAGCUUUUUCCUCUUUUAUAUAUUUAGUUAUAUCUUCUUUUACUUACUUAGACGUUAUUAAUAUAUUGCGUAAAACAGGGCGGUGCCAUUGUACUCAUAAAUGAUCCUAAGAUAUUAACACUCUACUACUCACUCAGUCACAGGGACCAACACUAACACACUUUCUCAUUCUCUCUCACUAUCCUCCUCCCCUCCAACAACACCAGGUACAUCGCCGACACUGAUGUCUGGCAGAUCAUGCAUUCUGAGCUCCCAGUCUCCUUCUCCGGUGUCUGCCAACUGUUCCGGGACCUGAAGAAAGGCGAUGCCGCCAAGCUGAAACAAGGCCAACUCAGCCUUGGUGAGUUGACCCAUGCCUUGUUCCCGCAACAGAGCGAGGAGACCCAACAUGUGGAGCCCGUUAUGGAGGAUGCUGAGACCAUGAACGUGCUGUACGUCGUGCGGUCAACAGUUAGCUGUCCAGGAUGUGGAGCGAGAGUACUAACUUUUUAGAAGUUGAUUCAUUGUGGAGGAUUUAUUUUUGGGUUCUUUGAUGUGAGAGCGAGAUGAGUACUUUUUAGAAGUUGAUAGAUUGUGGAGGAUUUAUUUUUGGGAUUUUUGUGGGUUAGAAGAGGUCGAGGAGCAUGUGUCUCCUCAUCAUGGAUAGAAGAGGUCGAGGAGCAUCUGUCUCCUCAUCAUGGUUCGUCCAAAUUGAAUUCAAAAAAAAUCCAGAUUCUAAAAAAACUUCAACCUCUACUCCCCAUCCAAAAAAUGUUCAGGUCCAGCGCACCAUGGAAGGAUGCUCUUCCGUGACCUGCUCCGUGUGCCGAACGCCCUUCCGCUGCAACCUUAUCGGCGAUGACCGAGACACUGAGUUCCGACUGACGUUGACGCAGAAGCACAAGCUGAGACAAUUCCUGAAGUUCGCCAUUGAGGUCGCUGAAGAUCAAGAUUAUGGUGGAAAGAAUUUGUAGAUUCUAAAGGGAUGGCCAUUACAAAGUUGUAAUUCCAAUUCCAGCUGUAUUUCCUCCUAGUAAAAAGGUUUCAAACACCCUAGGACUAAGUAUUUACUCCUAGUAAGAUUUCAUUUUCAAACACCUCCCUAGGACUAUUUACUCCUAGUAAAAAGGUUUCAAACUACACCCUAGGAACCUCUUCCCAAUGGCGACUUCUAAUCUUGACGCUUCCGCAAGAUGCUUAUGAUGGACGUCGACUCCGUCUCCACCGCUCUCCUCGACGCCUUCCUCCUCAUGUCGGACGACAAGGGCUACAUUUCCUUCCUCGACUUCCAGAAGGUGGUGAUGAACCACCGAAACGCGCGUACUAAGGAUAUCGAGCUGCUUUGGCAACGGUUUGCUGGGUCCAGUCGUAGACUCGGAUUUGUGGACUUCGCUGCUCAGCUGAGACCGUUCGGCACUAGCUAAUCUCCAGAAGCUGCAUAAGAGGAUGAGGAAAGAAAUCUCUUUGGUCAGGGUCUGAUGACGAGAUUUACCUAGGACGGAAGUCGAAAAAAUUGUGAAGUACAAGUGGUCUUUUUAGGCGAGGCCUUCUUAAUAGUUGUAUCUUAAAGAGUAGAUAAUGGAGAUUGAGAUAAAUGAGAUGAAGAUAAUUAGCGAUAGCGGUCAACAUCCUUCAUAGAUAAUGAGUCGAUUCCUCAGAGAUACUGCUGUAAGACAUUUUAUUUCCUUAAAGAGGAAUCAGAUUAUAUAGGGAAAGAGCGUAUGUUCCACACGUAAGAAUUUUCACUAGGGAGGGAAACAUCUUCAUCAAGGGAAAAUAUAUUCAUAGACUUAGAUAGUUAUCAAAUUGAAUCGUUACAGUCUUGAUAUAGUCAUUCGUAUCUUCAACUUCAUCUGUGUGUUAAUAUAGAUGUCAGUUCAUUGGGUUUGGGACGAGACUACUUAUUCUAGUUUUUAUUGGAAUCAUCGUCUCUAGAAGGAAGCUACGGAUUUUGUCUAAGUCCUGAGAGUAGAUCUUCGCUCUACGUGGGACCAUGACAGGACAGAUUGCACAGGGAAGAAUAUCAAGGGAAAAGAUAACAUUGGGGUGUUUCAUCAAUUUGAUAAUUUCAGACGAGAUCUUGCUUUUCUAUGAAGAUCAGUCGUCUUAGGGAAGUUUUUGGAUCGACUUAAAAACUAUCUUUACUAAGUACAACUACGUGAGAGCAUCAGAUUCAGACUGAAGAUGAAGAAGCAAUUACUAGUUAUCACUUACUUAUUGUUAUUUUGGAAAGUAGGAUUCGAAUUUUAUCAGGAUCGAUCAGAACACGCAAUUAUAUUGGAAUCACAUCACAACGCAUUACUUUCAUACUACUUAUCAUAAUAAUAACAACUACAUGAACAUUCAUAGGAUUAAACCAUUUCAACAUCGUCACAGAAUCAUGUCAUAAACAUUGCAUAGACAACAUUCAAUGAUCAUCAUGGUUGAUGAGCAGAUUGAAGGACACCGCAUAUUGAAGGAACAUACUAUUCGCACAUUGACGCUUAAAAAUACGCUGAAGGAUCGCAUCCACCGAACGAAAAGCGCAAGAAUGAGGAAAUGAAGGACUCUUGG